AUGGAUUAUAGUCUAUUUGUUCUUGUAGCCAAUUUAAUUAUGUCAGUAGGUUUAUCAUUAAGUAACGUACCAUCGAGAACAUCAAGUGGAAUGUUAUUUCCUCGCAAGCGAUUCAUUCCAUCAGAAGAAUCUUUCUAUCUGGGUAUGAACAAAGCACGAAAUCGUUUACGAUGUAUUAAUUCAUGUCAAGAAGCAUCUUCAUGUCAAACAGUAACAUAUGAUCAAAUAACACAAGAGUGUUGGCUAUUCAGUGAACAUAUUGCAUAUGGUUUUGGACGAUUAGUUGAUGACGAUAAUAAACAUCUGAUGACGAUUCGUCUGGAUAAAGAUUCACAUGCUAUGCAAACAAAAUUAAAGGAACAAUUAUCAGUCACCAUAUCAUCUUUGAAACGAAAACCAUCGGACGUGAAUGUUUGUGAAAAUUGUGAAUUAUGA